AUGAAAAUAUUGAAGCAUGUUUUGAAGGAGUUAAACAUGAUUCAUUUUUCUGAUAUAUCUGCUAGGGUAAUUGCUAAGAGGGCAGAACUGGAGUCUGUUCAACUCUCUAUCCUAUCUAGUGCUAGCCAAUUUGGUGUGGAAGAGGAAAAUAAGGUCCAUGUUGACCUAGUGGAUCUUGAAGUGGCUGAGCUUGAGUUCUAUAGGCAGAAAACAAAGAUACACUGGUUGCAGGAGGGGGAUUUGAUCCAAGAGUGUCCUCCUGAGUGUUUGAAGGAACUCUUGAGCUAUACUCUGCCUGUUGGUGCAGAGAGGGUUCUGGAGGGUGUGAUUUCAGAUAGUGAAAUUAAAGAGGCCCUAUUUAGACAAAGUAAUGACAAGAGCCUAGGACCUGAUAGGUUCACCUCCUGGUUCUUUAAGGUGGCUUGGGGGAUUGUUCAUUCUGAUUUCCUCAAUGCUGUGAGGGAAUUUAGACCCAUCUCUUGCUGUUCUGUGGUAUAUAAAGCAAUCACCAGGAUUUUGGUCACUAGACUAGCUCAGUUCUUCCAUGAAAUGAUCUCUGCUAGCCAAUCUCCUUUUAUCAAGGGUAAAAGCAUCACUGAUAAUACUCUUUUAGCCCAAGAAAUAGUUAAGGGCUAUUCUAGAAGAAAGUUUUCUCUUAGAUGUGCUAUAAAGAUUGAUUUGCAGAAAGCAUUCGAUUCUAUUAGCUGGAAGUUCCUGUUGAAUAUUCUUAGAGCUAUGGGGUUUCCUGCAAGAUUCUGUGGAUGGAUUGAGACUUGUGUGACCACCCCUAGAUACUCAAUUACUCUGAAUGGCAGUCUUGUGGGAUUGCUUGAUGUUGCUGCUAGGAAUGGAAUUUUCAUAUUCCAUCCAAAAUUGUUAGGAGUUAAAAACAUCUUAGAAAAAUUCUAUCAUCUGUCUGGGCUCAAGUUAAAUGCCCUGAAAACUGAACUCUUUGUCUGUGGGAUUAAUAAAGGUGAUUUAGAGCAGAUUCAAGCAGUCAUUGGGUUUAGAUCUGGUGUUUUUCCUGUCAGAGGUGAUUUAGAGCAGAUUCAAGCAGUCACUGGGUUUAGAUCUGAUGUUCUUUCUGUCAGGUAUUUGGGAGUUCCUCUAGUGACUCGUAAGCUCUCAAGGAAGGACUGCACUGCUUUGAUGGAGAAAAUUAAAGAUAAAUUGAGGGUGUGGUCGAGCAGGAAAUUGAGCUUUGGGGGGAGACUCCAACUUAUUAAAGCUGUCCUUUUUAGUAUCUUCAAUUACUGGAGUAUGCAGUUGGUUUUGCCUAAGGGUGUAAUUCAGGACAUUGAGAUGAUGUGCAUGAGAAAUAUUUUGGCUGGUGAGGGAUCAUUAUGGGUUGCUUGGAUUAAAGCGUAUUGCUUUAAACUUGAUGAUUACUGGAAUGUUGAAAAUAAAUCCCACUUUAGCUGGAUUCUCAUGAAGUUGAUCAAUCUGCGUGAGGAAGCCAGAGGUUUAUUUGCUGCUUCAGGUAGCUGGUUACCUACCAGGGAGAGACUUUGUAGCUUUGCUAUGGUGACUGAUGCAAGCUGUGGACUAUGUGAUACUGGUCUGGAAUCGAGGAAUCAUCUUUACAUGGACUGUAUUUUUUCUCGGGGGGUUUGGAACGCUAUACUGCAGUUUUGUGGGCUGCAAAUUCAAUGGCCUAGAUGGGAUCAUAUGCUUGACUGGCUGGUCAGGAAUCUGAAGGACAAAUCCUGUUAG